AUGGAGAUUUUGUUCAUCGCCAUAGUAAGCUUAUGCAUGGCGGCAUUACUCAAUGCGUUAUUCAAUCUAUCAUCUUCAACCUCCCGCAAGAAGCUCCCACCAGGACCUGUAAAUUUUCCAUUUUUAGGAAACAUUUUCUGGAUGAGACACAUCGGACGUGAAGAUUACCUCCGAAAACUCUUAUCCAAAUACGGUCCAAUUUUCAGUAUCAAAGUAGGUCCAAAGUUAGCAAUCUUCAUUUCCAACCACACUCUCGCUUACGAAACCCUAAUAAAAAACGGCCUAGCCGUUUCUGAUCGCCCUGGAGGUGUAAUUCUUUCUCCCAUCUUCGGUUCCCAAAGUCUAUCAACGAUCAGUUCUUCAAGCUAUGGUCCUAAUUGGAAGAUCUUAAGGAAGAAUUUACUGUCCGAGAUCAUGCAUCCAGUUCGAAUCAAAUCGUACACACGUACCCGGCAAUGGGUGCUCGAAAACCUACUUGAGAAUCUUAAACGUCAGUCAGUUGAUGGGUGUGCGGUGACUGUGAUGAAGGAUUUCAGGUUUGCGAUGUUUUCCCUGUUAGUGUUCAUGUGUUUUGGUGAGAAGCUUGGAGAAAACGAGGUUAAGGAUAUUGAACGUGUUUCGCAUGAUAUGUUAUCGAGGUAUGGUGAUUUUGAUGUGCUGAAUUAUUGGCCUAGGUUGGGUCAAUUCAUUUUCUUUCAUAAAUGGGUUCAAUUAAUUCGAUUAAGGAAAAACCAGGACAAUGUUAUUCGUCCGUUAAUCCAGGCCCGGAGAAAUUUCUUAGAAGAAGAGAAACUUAAUUCAGGGGGGGAGAAAGAUGAUUCACCAAUUGUGGCUUACAUUGAUACUUUGUUUGAUCUAGAACUGCCGGAGAAGAAAAGAAAAGCGAAUGAAUUCGAGCUGGUAUCAUUGUGCAAUGAAUUUAUUGACGGUGGCACAGACACAACGACCACAGUCCUAGAAUGGAUCAUGGCUAACCUGGUAAAGUAUCCGGAGAUCCAGGCAAAGGUGUAUGAUGAGCUGUCGCGAUUUGUUGGAGAUGGGUCUGGCCAUGUCGGGGAAAUAAUCAAGGAAGAGGACUUGCCCAAGCUGGUUUAUCUAAAGGCGGUGAUACUUGAAGGAUUAAGGCGUCAUCCGCCAGGGCAUUUCAUUGUACCACAUAGGUUGACUGAUGAAGUGGAGAUUAAUGGGUAUGUUCUUCCUAAAGAUGCUUCACUUAAUGUUCUUGUUAUGGAGGUUAAUAAGGACCCAACUGUUUGGGAGGACCCAAUGGAGUUUAGGCCGGAGAGGUUUUUAAGUGAAGGAGGAGGGGUGGUGGAUUUUGACUUAAAGGGGAGUCGAGGGGUGAAGAUGAUGUCUUUUGGGGUGGGGAGAAGGAUUUGUCCGGGAAUGAAUCUAGCUAUGGUUCAUUUAGGUUAUUUUAUUGCGAAUUUGGUUUGGAAUUUUGAGUGGGUGGCGACCGAGGAGGGUGUGGACUUUUCGGAGAAUCAUGCUUUCACUGUUGUUAUGAAGAAUCAUCUUAAGGUUCGACUCAUUCCUAGAGGUUCUGUCAUGGGUUCAUCUUAA